GAAGCAGACGAUCAGUCUUGCAUUGCGCUGGUUCACGUCGUUUCGUCUUCUCACUCACCGACAUGGCUGUUCAUCUCAGCUUUCUCCUCAUUUUCACUGGACUCGCAGGAAGUCACAGCAUAACCACAGUCAGUAAAGUGUCAGUGAAACAUGGAGAUGAGAUCACUAUCCCCUGUCUCUAUGACUCACGAUACAUAAACAAUGUGAAGUACGUGUGUAAAGGAUAUUAUUGGUCCUCUUGCUCUACUGAAAUCCGAACUGAUUCACAAAAUAGCUCAAGAAAGUUUUCAAUCUCUGAUGAUAAAAUCCAAAACAUCUUCACAGUGACGAUAAAAGAUGUGACGAAUAAGGACGAUGAUGAUUACUGGUGUGUUGUGGAGGGUAAUGAAGGAUCAGAUGAUGGAAAGUAUUUCCACCUGUCACCCACCGGAGCUACACCCAGUGUCUCUGUGGAUCGUCAGGAGAUUACAGGAUUUAAAGGAGAUAAUAUAAACAUCAAGUGUUACUAUCGUAACGAUGGAGUAAUGAAGUGGUGCAAGCUGGACAGAUCCUGUGUUACGGGGUCGUCUGGAUCAAUAGAUGGAACAGGAGUGACCAUCAGUCGAGAGUGGACCAGUGUUUCCACUGUGACUAUGAGUGGACUGAGGACAGAGAGCAGCGGCUGGUAUUCAUGUGAUAAAGAAGACUUCCAGAUGCCAGUGCAUGUAACUGUUACUGACAGACCUACCACUACAACAAGCAGUUUAACCACCGUAUCAGCCUCCACUGUGAAUCACAACCCUGUUUCUGCAGACCAAGCACUAACCACAGUUCAGGGUGAACUGCAAAGUCCUUCGCAUCAUGUAAAGAGUUUUGGUAUCCGCCUGAGUGUGAUCUUCGUUGUAAUGGUGACCUUGUUCAUCUGGUUUAUUUUCAAAAGACACAAGCAGAGAAAAGUCGAAUCAUCAGCCACAAUAACGGCUGAAGGGGAAGUAAGAUACAUGAGAAACACUUCAGGCGAGCCAGAGGUCUCAUGUGGAGAGCGAUGUGUUGUAGCCACACUAGCAGCAAUAUGGAUGUAGAUGUCAGUCUGCUGUCUGUUGGUGCACCACCUUUGUCAAAGUCACAACAGCGAGUGGAUUAUCAUAAAAAUUGGCAAAGAUGUUCCUGGUGUCCAGAUAAUGUAUCCCUACAAAUGUGGUGAUCCCUUAACUUUUCAUCCAGCACCAUCAUCAGGUCAAAAAUGUCAUUUGCUGUUUAUGAACAAAUACCUUCAAAGCUAACAGCAUUCCCAUCAGCCUCACUUUGCUUUGUGUUUUGUGAUAAUUAGCUAAUGUUAGCAUUCUUACACGCUAAACUAAGAGGAUGAACAUGUUAACCUUCCCUGUUAAACAUGAGUAUAUUAGCAUUGUCUUUGUGGACAUGUACGCAUGCUAAAGUUAGCAUCUAGCUCAAAGCAGUACAGCCUCUCAGAGCUGCUAG